GGAUGCUGGCUUCGCUCUCAGCAUUUGUGACUAGUCCUACUACAGUGGAGCGACUGAUAGGGCGGCAAGGCGGCUGAAAAAAUCAGGGUUUAGAGCCGCUGCGAAAUGGCUGGACAACAGUUUCAGUACGACGACAGUGGCAACACCUUUUUCUAUUUCCUCACGUCUUUUGUGGGACUAAUAGUCAUCCCAGCCACCUAUUACCUCUGGCCCCGGGAUCAGAAUGCGGAGCAAUUAAGGUUGAAGAGUUUACGACGAGUUCAUGGGAGAUGUCUGUGGUAUCGCCUUCGGCUUAUGAAAUCACAGCAGAGCAUUGUUCCAACACUUAAAAAAGCAGCCCUGUUGUUUGGGUGGGCAGUAUUUCUUUUCCUGGCCUAUAAGGUGUCUAAAUUAGAUCGAGAGUACCAGGAGUAUAACCCCUAUGAGGUCCUCAACUUGGAAUCAGGAGCAUCUAUUGCUGAGAUUAAGAAGCAGUACAGAGUACUGUCUCUGAAACACCAUCCAGAUAAAGGCGGAGAUGAGGCCAUGUUCAUGAAGCUUGCUAAAGCUUACUCAGCUUUAACUAAUGAGGAAUCACGGAACAACUGGCAGUUGUAUGGCAACCCUGAUGGCCCAAGAGUGACGAGUUUUGGAAUCGCUCUUCCUGCAUGGAUUGUUGACCAGAAGAAUUCCAUGCUGGUGCUGCUGGUCUAUGGGUUGGCUUUUAUGGUUAUUCUUCCUGUGGUUGUGGGCACAUGGUGGUACCGCUCCAUCCGCUACAGUGGUGAUCAGAUCCUCAUCAACACCACACAGCUUUUCAUGCACUUUAUGUACAAAACGCCUACAAUGAACAUGAAACGAUUGGUGAUGGUGUUGACCGCAGCGUUUGAGUUUGAUCCUCGUAGUAACAAAGAGGCCAUUAUAAGACCAACAGACAACAUAGAAGUUCCCCAGUUGAUCCGGGAGCUCGGGAACAUUAAUGUGAAGAAGAAAGAGCCUCCAUUCUGCUAUCCCUAUAGUCUGAAGGCUCGAGUCUUAUUACUUACACACCUUGCAAGGAUGGAUGUUUCUGAGAACGUAGAGGAGGAUCAGAGGUUUGUGGUGAAGAAGGGCCCUGCUUUACUACAGGAAAUGAUCAAUGUUGGUUGUCAGCUUACCAUGAUGGCAACCAGCAGAGGAGGGCUUCGUGCUCCAAGGCUGACAUCUAUAGAGAACUGCAUGAAGCUGUCCCAGAUGGUGGUUCAAGGACUGGAGGAGGCCAAAUCUCCUCUGCUGCAGCUGCCCCAUUUUGAAGAGGAGCACCUCCGAUACUGUAUUUCUAAGAAGUAUAAGGUACGGACAUUACAGGACCUGGUCAGUCUGAAGGACUCCGACAGGAGAAAUAUGCUGAGAUUCCUUGGGGAGGAGAAAUACGAGGAGGUCCUGGCGGUCCUUGCGAGCUUUCCCUACAUCAACAUGGAGACCAAACUUCAAGUGCUGGAUGAUGAAGAUAGCAAUAACAUCACAGCAGGGUCCAUUGUCACAGUCACGGUCACCUUGACGAGGAAGAGAAUGUCUGAGAUGUUCGAGAAAGAGGAGAAUGCAUCGCUACCUACUGAGGAAACUAACGCAGAGGAGCAAGGAGAUGCCAAAUCAAACAAAACAAAGGUCUGGCAAAAUAAGAGUAAAGGAGCUAAAAAAGCUGCCAAGUCUAAAAAGAAGAAACUGACCAAGAAGAAAUCAGUCACCCAACAGCAAGCAAAGGGAGACAAGGCCAAACAAGCCAAUGGCAACGUGGCUGGAAAUGAUGUUGCUGCUGCAUCAAAAGCGGAAGAGGACGAUCUCUCUGACAAAGGCAGUGAAUCGGACGAGGCGGAGGGUAAUAAGGACUCGCCCAGCGAGAGAGAUGAGGAUAGUGACAAGCAGAGUGACACUGAAGUGGACGAGAUUGCUGGAGAUGAUGAGGAGGAAUGGGAGGCACUACAACAGAGCAUUCAGCGCCGUGAAAGGGCUCUAUUGGAGACCAAAUCUAAGGUCACACAUCCUGUCUACAGCUUGUACUUCCCCGAGGAGAAGCAGGAGUGGUGGUGGCUUUACAUCGCAGAUAGGAAGGAACAGACGCUAGUGUCUAUGCCUAACCACGUGUGCACACUCAAAGACACAGAGGAGGUUGAACUGAAAUUCCCUGCUCCUUCCAAAACCGGAAACUAUCAAUACUCUGUGAUUCUCAGAUCAGAUUCAUUCAUGGGAUUAGAUCAGAUCAAGCCGCUCAAGCUUGAGGUUCAUGAGGCCAAGGCCAUGGUGGAUAACCACCCUCAGUGGGAUAUCCCAGAAACUGAGGAAGAGGAGGAUGAUCAGGAGGACAGUGAUGGCAUUGAGGAAUCUGAGGAAGAUGAAGAAGACAAUGACUAAACCAGUCAUUUCAUGCAGACUUGAGCACAGCUCAUACACCCAUGUGCCCACUCAUGCACAUACACACACACACACACACACACACACACACACACACACACACACACGCUCCUACACAGCCACAUAGCCCCAGACCAUUGCCGUCUUCUGGGCCGCCACACACCGGAGGCAAACAGGAGGCAAGGACGUUGACGCCCCAUGUUCCAGUUCAAAGCACUCAUGAAUCACAAAUCUGUCCUUUUUUUUCGCCAGUCAAAAUAAGACUUAAGGAACUGUUGGUUAUCUUUCCCUGCGUUCAUCCAGUCAUUAUCGGUGGGCUGUCACAGGGGUUAUUUGUGGGGUGCAGCUGUGAUUCAGAUUCCUCUCCACUUGACAAAAAAAAGAUGUCUGACCAACCAAUGCGUCAGAAAAAUAAAAACCAGAGUACCCCUGAAAAAACGCACACCUCAUGACUGUCAUUUUUCGAUGUCACCGUUUAUGUUUCAAGGGUGUUUUCUACCUUAUCAUUUUGUACUUUUAUGUAGUUUAUUAGAUACCAAAUUUACCAGGUGUUUCCACUUUUUGCGAGGCUGUGUGACGUGUAAUCUGGAGUGAGCAUGAACCGCGUGGAAGAGGAUGCGUGUUCUAAGCUCGAGCGGGAAUUACGGGCUGGGAGGUGUACUGCGCUUCUGGUGGGUUGCACCUCAAUUUGUCUCUAUGGUCAUGAAGUGUGGAAGUGUCCAAUACGUUCAUAAAUCCCGCCUAUAUUUACUUCUUCCAGUUUCUAAUCACAAGCGCAGGUUGUCUCAGCCUCACCAAAAAAAGACUGCAGACAUUCCACAGCCGGGUCUGAUUUAUCUUCUAAUGUUGCUGCCGUUCAACAAAUAAGCAGGUCAAUAUCAUAUGGUUUUUUUUUUUUUUUGGCACUAUGUAAUAAUGUUUUUUUUGAAACCUUAGGACAAUUCUUGUUUUAGUUGAUCGAUCCCACUGACUUUUUAAAGCGAAAACUGGAGAUUUCCCAUUGUUUCUAAGUACGGUUGUUACAAGGAAAUCAUUUUAUAGCCUGAACGUGCACAAGUACAAGCCUUUUCCCAUCAGUUACACUAAUCUGUUGGCCAUAGUGCAGCAAAACAAAAAAAAAAUAUCAAUCUUAUCAAAACUUCACUUUAGGAUAAUGUUUUUAUGUGGUUUCUUUUGGAACCGAAUGCCUCAAUUGCAGAUAAUAGUUCAGCCUUUUUUUUUUUUUUUUUUUUUGUAUUUAUAAUUUUUGUCUUACAUUCCACUCUCAUCAAAUACGAACGCCUUAUUCGAUGUACAGAUUUUCUUGUGGCCACAAAUAUUGCAAAUGAUACAAAAACAUCAGUUCGAUUGAUGGGAAUAAUUGAGGGUCAGUGUUUAUUUCUGCAGGUUUUUCUUAUAUUUGUUUUAUGCAUAGACGGAUGACAAAGUUAAAGACAUGAUUUUGCUUUUUUUUUUUUUUUUUUUUUGUGGAUACGAUUCUUUUCGUCCCCUUUAAAUGUUAUUUUGCACCAGUGGAAGGUCUGACAGCGUAUUGGAAGUGCUGAUGUAGUGGUUGUGAAAAUAUUAGUUUGGUCUGUUCGUUUGUCAAUUAGUGGGAGAGGUUAAGCUGACUGAUAUGAAAUGAUUUGAAAUGUAGAAAUGCAUAUGAAAUGUAAUCUCUGCAUUUAUGGUUAAUUUUCUUUCUUUUCUUUUUUUUUUUUUUCUUUUAAUUUCGAAUUUAUGACAGGGAUUGGAUUUUCUUGUUUGUUCCCAAUAGCUAAUGUAUGUAUUUUAUGGAUACGUUUCGGAAAACUGCAAAUGUCACUAGAACCCCCUUCCCUUUGUGUUCAUUAGCAUAAACGCAGUGCAAUCUUUACAGAGGGAAGUUCUUGACCGAGAGGAAAGUGUCAUUCUGGCUGCAUGUAACACAUUCACAACCAGUUUUAUCAAAUUAUAAGAGUUUUACAGAUAAAUAGACAUUUUAGUAUUAUAGUUCCAAAAAGAUUGUAGCCUCAUAAUUCAUGCUGUGUGCAGAAGGCUGUGACUGAAGUACACAGAUUAUGAGAAUUCAUGUCUCUACAUAAACACACAGAGAAACUCACCGGCCGGAAAAAAGGGGUGAAUUGCCUAGUAAACAGUAUCUGCCACUUUUGUUUACAAGAAAACUGUCAUUGUAAAUGGAAAAUAUAUAUUAUUUGUAUUUAAAUAAUUUCAAAUAAAAUAACUUUUAAAA